AUGACGGAAGGAGUCGGGUUUCGCUUCGGAGAGGUCCGCGUGGACAAAGUACCGGACGUGUACGAUGACGAGGUGUCGGAAAUGAGUCAAUUCUAUCGAGAUCUAGCGAAGGAACUGGGUGAAGAUGAGCUUUCCCGGAAACAAAGCAUUCAGCAGCUACGCGAAUGGAUUGCCAAACAUCCACACAUUAAACGCUGUCGAACGGAUGCUCCAUUUCUGCUGCGUUUUUUAAGAACCAAAAAAUAUUCCUUCAUCCAAACUGCUAAAACGUUGGAAAGUUAUUUGACGGGACGCAUCAAACACCGGAAGUGGUUCAAUAAUUUGGACAUUGACGAACCGGAACUAUCGAUGUUGAUCGAUGCUUGCUACCUGUUUCCGUUGCCGCGGUUGGACUCGAAAGGACGUGCCGUGUUUUUCAGUUGUUCGUCCGGUUUCGAUGCGACUAAGAAUACAAUUGUCGGCCCAAUCAAAAUGAUUCACAUGCUUGGGGAAAUUUUCUACGAAACCAAUGAAGUUCAGUGUGCUGGCUGCGUGUGGAUUUUCGACAUGGAAUUGAUCGAUAUGAACGCAUUGGGGCUGCUGACCAUUCAGGACAUUCGCACGCUGGCGGAGUUGGUCAAUACAGCGGCCGCUGCGCGCAUUCGGGAGCUGCACUUUAUCAAUACGCCGGCGGUUUCGCGUGCCAUCGCCAAUUUGGUGCUGCAGCUGAUGAGUGAUAAAAUUCGAAGUCGAGUGUUUUGCCACGCAUCGCUGGAAGAUCUUCACUCCAAGGUGGAUAAAUCACUGCUUCCGAAGGAAUUUGGCGGAGACAUUCCGGCAGCCGAGCUGGCAGCCACCUAUAAAGAGCUAUGUCGAAAGAUGCGCCCCCGGCUGUUGGCACUGGACGAGAUGGAAAUCGAGCUAAUCGAUAAUCCAAACGAUGUGUGGACUAACGGCACUGCUGCUGGUAUGGAAGAGGGAGCAAUCGGAUCGUUUCGGAAACUGCAAGUGGAUUAG